AUGAGCAGGCAGGCACCCACGGUGAGGUCCGUCCUGGGACGAAGAGGCUUCAGCUCGGCCUCGGAGAUCUGCGGGCGCAGCUACGCCAGCCAGCCCGUGCGCUGCGGCGCCUACAGCAGCCGGAGCGUCUGCAACCUGGGCGGCAGCCGGAGCAUCUCCUACGCCAGCGGCGGCUGCGGCUCCGGCUGCUUCGGGGACAUGGGUCUGGCCGGCGUGGGGAGGCUGGGGCUGUGCGGCCCCCGCGGCUACAGCAUCGUGCGCGGGUACCCCGAGCGCAAGGACGGCAUCCAGGGCAUCUGCAUCGACGAGCGGCUGCUGAAGCCGCUCUGCGUCGGGGUGGACCCGCUGGAGCACGAGAUUCGCUGCCAGGAGAAGGAGCAGAUCAAGACCCUCAACACGCAGUUUGCCUGUUUCAUCGACAAGGUCCGAUUCCUGGAACAGCAGAACAAAGUGCUGGAGACCAAGUGGGGCCUCCUGCAGCAAUAUGUGCUGCCAAAAAAAGGGAAAAACCUGGAACUCUACUUUGAGAACUACAUCUGUGACCUGAGGAAGCGCCUGGACUGCUUGCUCUGUGAGAAGCAGAAACUGGGCAGUGAAGAAUGUGCCACAAGCCAGCUGGUGGAGGAGUUCAAGUGCAAGUAUGAAGAGGAAAUCAACAGGCGCACAACUGUGGAGAAUGAGUUUGUGGCACUCAAAAAGGAUGCAGACUGUAUCUUCCUGAACAAGGAAGAGCUGGAGGUGAAGGUAGAUCUGUUAAGGAGGCAGCUGGAGCUGCUGAAAUGUGUGUUUGAGGAGGAAAGGGCCCAGGUUGAUCGCCAGCUCUGCGACACCUCUGUCAUCGUCAAGAUGGACAACAACCGAGACCUGGACAUGGAAAGCAUCAUCAAGAACGUUGAGUGCUGGUACCAGGAGAUUGCCCAGAAGAGCAAAGAAGGUGAUGCUUUCUACCAGACCAGGUUUCAGGAGCUGCAGGAUAAGAGAGGGAAAUACUGCCAUGACCUGCAGAGCAACAAGUGUGAGAUUUCAGAGCUGACCCGGAUGAUCCAGAAGCUGCAGUGUGAGCUGGAGAGCGUCAAGAAGCAGGUCUCCUGCCUGCAAACCUCCAUUUGUGACGUUGAGCAGCGUGGGGAUUGUGCCCUCAAAGAUGCCCGGGAAAAGCAUGUUGAGCUGCAGAACGCUCUGCAAAAGGCCAAGGACGAGCUGGCCUGCAUGCUCAGGGACUACCAGGAGCUGCUCAACGUCAAGCUGGCCCUGGACAUCGAGAUUGCCACCUACAAGACUCUGCUGGAGGGUGAAGAGAGCAGGAUAUGUGUGGGGAACCCUGUGAGCGUGUCUGUGGUCAGCAGCGGCUACAACGUGCCCGAGGACUGCGGGAUGAUGGUCGGCGGGGCCGCGUGCGGCUACGGCUCGCUGGGCCGGCGGGCCGGCAGGCACGGCUCCCCGGGCGGCGGCUUCAGCUCCCGCAGCGCCGGCGUCCACCCCAGGAGGGUGCUGAGCUCGGUGGCCAAGCAGUGCAUCCCCGAGGUGUUCUGCCAGGCCGGGGCGGUCAGCUGCAAGGCCGGGGCCUUCAGCUCCCGCAGCGGGGGGCACCCGGCCCGCGGCGCGGCCAGCGCGGCCGCCGGCGCCAGGAUGGGGCCCUGCCAGGCCGCGGGAGUGCUCGGCUUCGGCAGCCAGGGCUGCGUCAUCCGGCAGCGCGGGCCCCCCGUCGUCGUGUCCAGCAGCCCCGAGGUGGUGGGAUGCAACAACGGCGUGGUGGGCAAUUUCGGGGUGGUCAGAGACCCCUGCGUGGUCCCGUAG